AUGCUGUUGACAAGUAGAGCCCUGAGCUCCCCCCCAAGCUCCAUCCAAAUAUCACCAUACUACGCCAACAUAUCCGUCCACCGCCCGAGCCUGAGUGCCUACAGGAAUGGACACCUCUUUGCCUAUACGUCUGAAAGAUAUGUGUUUAAUGAAACACUCUGGAAGAAUGAGCGUUACGUCACGUUUGAUGUUGAAGAUUUCAAGAAGCUUGCUGAGACGCAUAUUCGCCAUGGACGAGUUGCAGAUAUCUCCAAGUUCAUAGAAGGGGCGAUUGCCAAAACACCGUACCGGACUACACUGCCAAAACAUUAUGCAACUGCGAGCGAGGCAGCAACGUUGGAGUUAUUACGGCUGAAGGGUAUACCUGUUCCAAAAGACUUCGGGUAUUCUGCCUCUAGCGAUAACCUUGCUGGAGUUGAAUACAUUACCAUGGAGAAAGCCCAGGGAAUCCAGGUGAAAGACAAAUGGUUUCCAAUGACGAAACAAGGAAGGCAUAAACUAGCAUCGAGCUUCGUGGGAAUUGAAAAAGCUCUCUCUUCUCUUCCAUUCAGCUCGAUUGAAAGUGUUUACUUCAAGAGGGAUAUACCAGCCGAGCUUCAAGCGCCUUUACACUCCAGAGUAUCUCAGGAUCAAGGGCAUGUGCAAGAAAUAUCUAACCAAUUCUGCGUGGGCCCAAUAACUGAUUAUAUAUUCUGGUAUGGGAAACGAGCAAAAUUUCAAUACCAAGAGGACCAUGUAGGCGUUCUCUUCGCCAAAAAUGCCAACGUCAUCACUUUAACGAGGCAGACCGACGAGCUAUAUCGUCGCAUGCUAAUGUUUCAUUACUAUCAUAUAUUUACCGGCGUAUUAAACAAUCCUCGUCUCAACGCUCUACGGGACCCUCUGUUGAAACCACGGAAGCAUCGAGUAGACGGAGCAGGACGUCAAUGGGGUGGAAAUACCAUCACCUUGAAAGGAGCUCUUGUUCGGAUAGCUGAUUACUGGGACCAACUCCCCGAAACGAAGGGAAUUGAAUGCCCAGUAAAGCUCGAUAUACUAGAGCUAGAGGAAUUCUUGAAGCUGGAAGAAAUAUGGCACUAUUUCAAUGCCGUCGUGAAUCAUUGGCGGGAUAAAUUAGGUAUCGGCGAGGAUGGCUGGGUUAGCAGCGAGAACUACGGCUCUGCGAUGAAGGGGAUCCAGGAACUUAAGCAAGAUAUGAUCAACAAGGCAGAGGGUGACGAAGAAGAUAUCUUCUUGAUCAACAAGGGCUGGCCGCUUGAUGACCACGAGGAGAUUGACUGA